UUGCAGUUAUUUCUUAAGAAUCUUUCUCAAGAAAACCUUUAAUGGCGUCUUCUUCAACUUCAUACAAUCAAAAGGGCUUCAAGUAUCAGGUGUUCUUAAGCUUUACAGGAGAAGACACACGUAAGACCUUCGUUGAUCAUCUUUAUGCUUCUCUUAAGCAAAAAGGUAUUCAUACGUUCAGGGAUAACGAGGAGCUCGAGAAAGGAAAACGGAUCGAUGAGCUCUUCAAAGCCAUUGAAGAGUCGAGGUUCUUUAUCAUCGUUUUCUCCAAAAACUAUGCAUCUUCUUCUUGGUGCUUGAAGGAGAUCACGAAGAUUAUGGAAUGCCAAGAUGGGAACCAACAGAUUGCUUAUCCACUCUUUUAUGGUGUGGAGCCCAGCGACAUCCGCCAUCAAACUGGGCCAGUUGGAAGAGCAAUCGCCAAACAUAAGGACAACGAACAAAUUAAGAAAUGGGAAAAAGCUCUGGAAGGUGCAGGCAAUCUGGUUGGGUGGGACCUUAAAAACAUUGCUAAUGGGCAUGAAGCUCAAGCCAUCACAAAAAUUGUUGAAGAAAUUUCAUUGAAGCUAGGUUCCAUUCAUUUGGUCAAUGAUGAACAUCUAAUAGGCAUGGAACAGCGGAUGCAAGCUUUGGAGGCGUCUUUGGGGAUGGGAUUGAAGGAUAAAGCCCGGAUGAUAGGGAUCAAGGGGAUGGGAGGCAUUGGGAAGACGACUUUAGCCAGAGCUAUUUUUGAUCAAGUAUCUUCCCAUUUUGAAGGUAGUAGCUUUGUUGCUGACAUAAGAGAAGUUUCAAAAAAGAAGGGGUUGGAGUCAUUGCAACAACAAAUCCUUUCGGAUGUUCUUAAAGAUGAACGCAUUGUGGGAAGUGUUAAUGAUGGGAAAAGAAUCAUGAGAACGAGGCUACCCUAUAAGAAACUGCUUCUUGUUCUAGACGAUGUGGAUGAUACAAAACAGCUCGAGGCGUUAGCUGGUGAUUGGUUUAAGGAUGGAAGUAGAAUCAUCAUUACAACAAGAGACGAGAAAGUGCUGCUGUCACAUCGAGUGAAUGAGAAGUGGAUUCAUGAUGUUGAUUUCUUGUCGGAUGAGGAAGCAAUUCGCCUCUUCAGUUGGUUUGCGUUUAGGAGAUAUAUUCCAGAUCAAGGGUAUGAAGAGCUUGCAGCCCGAGUAGUACAUUAUGCUGAUGGUCUUCCCUUAACGAUUAGGGUUUUGGGUUCCCAUCUGUGUGGUGAAAAGGAGGAUGUAUGGAGAGAUGCAAUUAAAAGACUUGAAACAAUUCCACUACGAGAGACUGUAGAUGUAUUGGAAAUAAGCUAUAAUAGCCUAGAGGAUGAUCACAAGGAAAUCUUCUUAGAUGUUGCAUGCUUCUUGAACGGGCUUUCUCAUGAAUUUGCAAUUAGAAUCCUUGAGAGCUGUGGAUUUCAUGCUACAUAUGGUUUAAGAAUUCUUGAGCACAAAUCUCUCGUAACGAUUUCAGAUGGUAGAUUGGGCAUGCAUGAUACAGUACAAGAAUUGGGCAAGAAUAUUAUUCGGCGAGAGCACCCCCACCCCCAUGAACUCAACAAACAUAGCCGACUAUCGAAUACAGAGGAAAUUGUAGAAUUAUUGUCUGAUGAUGAGGGUACUGCAACCUCAACAUGUAUUGGACUGAUGAUGCCCCUGGUGCUGUGUGAACUGAGUCCUGAAAUUAUCAUCCAAAAACUUGGAAACCUGAAGAAACUUCGAUAUCUUUGUGUUUUGGGGAACGAUAGUGACUGUUUCCCUAGUGACUGGAAGUUUGAUGAAAUGAAACCCUCCUUUCCGAAUUCGUUACAGUAUCUGAUAUGGGAUAAAUACCCUGGUUUCUCUUUACCCCACACAUUUCGAGCAAAGAAUCUUGUUGGACUUGAAUUGACUGAAAGCAAAAUCACACAACUAUGGGAAAGUAGAGAAAGAAAGAAGCUCAAGUUCUUCCACCUGGGUAAUUCAAACUUGAGGACCCUUCGGGAAAGGGGGGAAAGAAAGGUUCUUGACAAACUUAGGUUCCUCGACCUUAAAAAUUCGAAGGUGAGGACCCUUGACCUUGGGAUGACUCCCAAUCUUGAGAGGUUAGGUCUUGAAGGAUGUCAUGAUUUGGAAAAGAUUUAUGCGCCUGCUGGAUGUCUAAAAAGGCUUAUCUACAUAGAUUUACGUGGUUGCCCAUGGAAGCAUUUGUGGCUUACAACAUCUAAGAGAAGUUAA